AUGGCCACCGAGCCGGUGCAUCCUCUUCGCAUCUCCAAGAACACGCCAACACCUUCGCCAAAGAAGACGAUGGCCAGCCCGCUUCCUCGUCCGUUGAGCGAGAUAUCGCCAACAGAGAAGAGACGAAAUUCGCCAAGCUGGCAGCCGUAUUCUCCCAAGAGGUCUGCGCUGCCCGGCAACGACUCUUCACCAUUCCAGUCCUCACCGCAGGAGUCUUCCACUUCACCAAGACUCUUCUGGCAGAGUCGCAACUCUGAGAACAUGCUUCAUGGCGCCUGUUCUGGUUCGCCCUCGCCAAACCGCCGUUCUUCCAUUGAGCGCCUCCAGAGGGCGUCUCGUGUGAGAAACAGCAACAUCUUGGCGCUGGAGCAGAAGCAAGAAUAUGACCCUACCAGAAUCCCGCACAUCGAGAGACCCCUGGCAAAGGUCCAAGGAAGCGUCCUUACGUCUUCGUCGAGCUCUGGUGGCUUUCGCUCCUCAGACUCAGAUCUUCAAGAACCCGACAACAGGUCGAGUCUGUCCAUGAUGAGCCCGUCCAAGAUUUCACCUAAGCUGCCUGAGAUUACCCAAAAGUCAGCGAGAUCUCCAAGCAAAGACCAAGCCUCCCCAACCAAGUCCUCUCUUUCACCAACCAAAUUCAACAAGAACACAUUUGACCCCGACGUCGGUACUUGGUCCGGACAUUCGUCUUUGAGCGAGAAAGAACUUCCUGACGGCCGCUACCUGAGCCGGCAUCACAAGAGUGUCACCUUUGACGCCGCGCCGCCUCAGAUCAAUGAGUAUGAAAUGGCCACACCUGACCUCUCAUCUAUCGGAACAAAUUCACGAGAGGGCAGCUACGACUCGGUUGAGGACGAAGACGACGACGACGACCUCUAUGACCCCGCGCAUAUCGACGUCCAGGACGAAAGCUUUGACGAGUCCCUUGAAGACACUGACAAGACUCCUGUGGUUGGCCCGGACGACUGGCGCGGUGACAGCCCUGUGAUUCACCGCGUUCUGGACCCCAGCAAGUUUGAAGGCAGUCCAAUACCGGAGCCUGGCCCCAUGAUGGCGGCUACCGGACGAACAACCCCUACCAACAACAAGCGUUCUGACUCUGCCACCUCCAACGGAGACCAUCGACCACUGCCUCCUCUGCCAGGCACGGGCCACUCUAGAAGCCAGUCUUCAGGCUCCAACGGGGCCUCUCCCGGACUAUCUGCGACAGCUGAGAGAAUGCUCGGCGGCUCACACCGGAGCCUGCCCGUCCCUCCACCCGCAUUCGCAUCCAAAUCUGAUAUCCAGAGCUUUGGUAGUCAAAAGAUGACCCUGGAGGAGCGGCUGAAGCUUAUGAUGCUGUCUGACGAUAAUGGCGACAGCAAGACCGCCGCUGAGCAGCAGCGGGAGCGCAGAAUGCGACGUGGAGCUGGCCGUGAGAGAGGCGGAACUCCACACUCCGAGGCCGAGUCCGAGACGGCGCUGGAGGCUUUUGAGGUCGAUGAUACUAUUGGAGAUAUCUCGGGGAUAGACUUUCAAAUACCACCCAAAAUCUCCAGGGAAUCCAUUAUGCGCCGUGUAAACGGUAACAACGCCGUUGAUGAGCGCUCUGGACACCACUUCUCGUCUCCCGCAGCCAGCCCCCAGAGGAGUCUGUUGCCGCACGCAGAAGAGUCCGUUGUGGAUCUGGAUCCGGACGUUCCUAUCCCAUCAACGGAGGAUUCCUUGGUAGAGUCCGACUAUGAGCAGGAAGCUAGUGUCAUCAUCACUAGAAAUUCUGACGGUGAGGACGAGGAUGUCCUAGAUUACUACGAGGAAGAAACUCUGGCCCUCGAUGAGGAUGUGGCAGAAGGAGCGCAGCCUGAGGAAGAAUACGUUGAGCAGCCCCAGAUUACGCAGCAAAUUGAGGAGGUUGCAGCAACCGCUGAGAGGCAAGACCAUUCACCCCACCAACAUCUGAAAUUAGAACCUUUCACAACCGGACUGGGCUUCGAUGGGGUAGAUGACCCGUUCACGUCCCCCAAGGCGGUUGAAGAGCCGGUCAAGCACCAACCUAUACAUGAGAAUGAGACAAGAAGCAGUGAGCAACAGAUUCUUGAGCCUCCCAAACGACCCGCAACGCCUACUCGACGCAUGUCGAAACCGGAGUACGAUGGCAGUGGCUGGGGUGAGCCUGAUGAUGAAUUUGCAGACGAGCCCGGCAGUCCUAGCUCAGUCAUUCACCAUCCUGUUGAGGAAGAAAGGACCGAGUCCCCUCCUGCCAUUCCCGAGAGAAUCGCCACUAUCAAAGCCUCUGGUGCCAAGCUCAAGACUCGAAUCUCCAAUACCCCCUCAGACCUUGCUGCCAUGCGCGAAGCUCGCAGACAGGUGAGUCGUGAGGUGCCCAACGUGCCACCCAUCCCUGAGAAACACCGCAACCGCAUGUCACGGGAUAUGGGUGCCGAGGGGCUGCUGGAGCAGGACGAGUUCAUCGCCCGUCACCCAAGCUUCAAAAAUCGCAGCCUUACUCUGGAUCUUGACAUGGGCCUGAGCCUCGAUCAAGAUUUUGAACGUGUCAUUGAGGCACAAAAACGAGGCUAUCUCAUGCGACAAAAUACAAAGGUCAUUACGGCCAGCGACAAGGACGGCGACGACCACAGCAGGGCGAGAUCUGCUCAAAGCUCUCCCGUCAAGCAAGGCCGCCCAGAAACUUGGGUGGUAGAGCCGUGGAACGGAGAGGCUCGCCCACGCAGCAUGCGCAAGCGUAUCACCGGCGCCAGCGACGCCAUCCCGCCGUUGCCUGGCAGGGAUAGCAAUGCCACGACUAUCAACCAUGGGCUUGAGGAAGACCUUCAGUCCGAAGUCGCUACCAUUGACAGCGGUGAGAGGGGCCGACUUUUUGUCAAGGUCAUGGGAGUCAAGGACCUGGAUCUUCCCUUGCCAAAGAAUGAGAGAACUUGGUUCAGCCUCACUUUGGACAACGGCGUCCACUGUGUCACCACAGCCUGGCUUGAACUAGCCAGAAAUGCCCCCAUUGGACAAGAGUUUGAGUUGGUGGUGCCAAACGACUUGGAGUUCCAGUUGACGCUCAAUGUCAAGCUAGAGAAGCCCGCGUACCUGGAUGCACAGACAGCAAGCAAGCCUGUCAAGACCAAGACUUCCACUUUCAGCCGUGUGUUUGCAUCUCCGAAGAAGCGCAGAGAGAUGGAACUCCGACAAAAGGAAGAAGAGCGCCAGCAAAGAGAGGCGCUCGCCCGCCAGCGGAACUGCGCUCCAUCAGGAUAUGAGCUCCUAUCUCCUCUCACCGCUGAGGAUGGUAGCUUUGCUCGAUCAUACGUUUGCUUGAAGGAACACGAGCACCGAUGCUUUGGCCGACCAUACAUGGCUGAGAUUGCCUGUUUCAACGAAUGGGCCACCGAGGAAGAGAGCUUUGCUUGCAGUGUCAAGAGCAAGCGUGGAACCGCGGCGGCGGCGGUUGUUCGACGCGCCCCGUAUAAAAUUGGAAAGCUUGAACUUCAGUUGCUCUUCGUACCUCGUCCCAAGAAUUCAACGGAUGAUGACAUGCCCAAGAGCAUGAACUCGUGUGUUCGGGAACUCAAGGCUGCUGAGGAACGGCUUUCUCGCAACUGGGAAGGCCAUAUGAGUCAACAAGGAGGCGAUUGUCCCUACUGGCGUCGACGAUAUUUUAAGCUGGUUGGUACCAAGUUGACUGCUUAUCAUGAGGCAACUCGACAACCACGAGCCACCAUUAAUCUCUCGAAUGCCAAGAGACUGAUUGAUGACCGAAGGGCAUUGACGGAGAAGGAGACGACUGGAAAGGGCGGCAGGCGCCGACGAUCUGCAUUCGCAGAAGACGAAGAAGGCUACAUGUUUGUUGAGGAAGGCUUCCGCAUCCGGUUCAAUAAUGGCGAAGUAAUCGACUUUUACGCCGACACUGCUGAGGACAAGGAAGGGUGGAUGCGAGUCUUGUCAGAAAUCCUUGGACGAGAUAGCUCUAUGGACGAGAUUAACGGUGUUCGAUCACGAGCGAAGUGGUGUGAGAUUGUUCUUAGGCGGGAGGAGCAGCUUCGGCGCAAGGUAGAGGGCCGACGUGUACACUCGCGGUCAAAGAGCACGGUCUCAUAG